AUGAAACGGCCAUCAAUAUGCAUCUUUCUCUCUCUGGCUUCAUCCACGACGGCUCUGUCGUCUCACCCGGACCCCGCAAACGAAUCGCUGCCAUCUGCAGCAAACGUACAUGUAAACAGCGAUUACCACGCCAACGCGGGUGUCCUGCAAUAUGUCAACCCUCUCAUCGGCACUAGGGGCUACGAUCCUAAUGAUCUCGGUGGCAUGAUUCCCUCUGUAUCGCCGCCAUUUGGGAUGACGCGAUGGACUCCGCAGACGCGCGAAAACUUCAUCUCACAGGUCCCCUACAACGACCGCGAUCGCCGAGACGAGGUCCGACACCUAUUUCAGCACCGAGGUCUGUCAUUCAGAAAAGAAGACGAGAGAAGCACGCCGUACGUGUAUGAAGUGACUCUCGACGCGGAUUCAGCGGGAGAAUUUGGAUGGAAUCUUACUGAACAGGCGACUUCGGAUCUUCUUGGCGAUGCUUGUCCUCCAUGUCCCGGCGGUGCUAAUUUUAUUCCUAAUAAGGAUGUGACUGAGGGUGCUAAUGGCCGUGUGAGACGACGAGAUUACGUGUUUGAGCCUGAGGACCAGUUUACCGUGCAAGUAGCCAUGAGCGCGUCGGCGCAUGUCGGCCAUCUUCGCGUCGAUUUCCAGGAUACCCAGGCACGACAGCCUUACUUCACCAUCCAGGCCAGCCGACUCAAUUGGACAGGCCAUGUUGAGAUUGAUCCUGAAACUCAAGAGGUAUCAGGCAGUAACUCCCAGCGACAAGAAUAUCUGCUGGGCCCUGACAAGCCAGAGUCUUUUAGGCUCUACUUUGUGUCGCGCUUUUCUGAGCCUUUCACUUCCUAUGGAGUGAGUCGCGCAGAAAAGCUAUACGAGGGAGAAAAGUAUAUCGAAGACAAGUUUGUUGGUGCAUAUGUCACCUUUGAUAAGUCGGUCAAGAGAGUCGAGGUGAGGACUGGAGUCUCGUAUGUCAGCGUAGAGCAGGCCAGGAAGAAUCUCGGUAUUGAUAUACCAGAUGGAACGACAUUUGAAAGCACUGUCGAUAACGUCAAAUCGGCCUGGUUAGAAAGACUGGGCAGGAUCAAAAUUUCUGGAGUCAACGAAACUGACCCGGAUCAUGAUCCUCGGACGAUAUUUUAUUCAGGCCUAUUCCAUGCUCUCCAAUAUCCAAGCGACUAUUCCGAACCUACCACCUCAUCUGAAGGCGGCCUCCGACGUUUUUACAGUGGUUAUACAGACAGCGUUCAUGAAGCAAAUGAUUCAUAUUACCAGUCGUGGUCGAUAUGGGAUACUUACAGGGCAGAGCAUUCACUACUCACCAUCUUUGCCCCGGAGCGCGUCGAUUCUAUGAUGCGCUCUCUCUUACGAAUAUUUGAUUGGUCCGGCCGAUUGCCUCUGUGGAAUAACAUGAUUGAGAACAACGAAAUGAUUGCGACUCAUGUUGACGCCGUGAUUGCAAACGCCCUAAUCAGAGGCUUCGAUAAUUUUGAUGUCGCCAAGGCCUGGGAUGCAGUUUAUGUCGAUGCUUACGUGCCUCCUGAUAACGACACUGACCUUCUCUACUAUUCAAGGGAGCCAAGCACUCCAUACGAGUGUCGAGCUGGACUAACCAGCUACCUCGAGCAUGGAUGGGUUGACAAUGAUCGCUGGGCCGAAUCCGCCAGCCGUACACUCGACUAUUCCUUUGAUGACUAUGCCGCUGCCGUGGUGGCUGAACAUGCAGGAGAUUUUGAGCAUGCGAAGGAGCUGAGAGAGCGCUCGCAAAACUACAGGAAGCUCUGGAACCCAGAGACGGAGUUUAUGCAAGCUCGCAAUGCAAACGGGACUUGGGCGAAUGAAUCUUGGGGAUGGACCGAAGGAGACAAGUGGAUCUACACAUUGAACGUGAUGCAUGAUGUAGGCGGCCUAGCUUCGCUGUUUAAAGGCGGGAAGAAGGCCAUGAAAGCUCGCAUGGAUGAAUAUUUCGCGGGCGGUCACAACAUGCACAGCAACGAACCAUCGCAUCACGCCCCGUAUCUGUACUCUGCCAUCGGAUAUCCCGCUGAUGCAGCACGGCAGAUCCGUGAGCUUGCCUGGGAGAAUUACAACGCGACGGCUUCAGGGCUUAGUGGCAAUGAGGAUUUGGGGCAGAUGAGUGCCUGGUAUGUCUUGUCGGCGCUAGGGUUCUAUCCUGUCAACCCGGCGAGUGAUGAGUACGUUGUAGCAACGCCAUUCUUUGAUGAAGUGGAAAUUUUGUUGCCUCCUGGCCCUGGGGAUGAUGGAAAAGAGCACACGCUAGUUAUUUCAGCACCAGGAGCAGGUACAGGUGGGAAGGCAUAUGUGAAGAGUCUAAAGGUUGAUGGGGAGGAGGUUCGCAGGCCAUUGUUGAAGCAUAAGCAGAUUGUAAAGGCGAGCAGGAUUGACUUUGAGAUGAGUAACGAGCCAACAAGUUGGGGACAGGAGGGAACAGUAUAG